UUUUCAAUAUUUUUAGAAGUUCUUCCUCCAUUGAGAGUAUUUAACAGAAAAAACAAAUAAAAUUAGAAAAAAAUAUUUUAAAAAAGAUGGCAACUUAUGCAGCUUUUAAACACAUUGAAUUGUACAAUGUUGGAAAUGCAAAAAAGAGGGUCCUCAAGCCUCCAGGUGGUGGAAGCAGCGACAUUUUUGGUGGAGAAAACCCACAAUCGCCUAAAGGUGUGAAAAAUCGCAUGCAAUCAAAUAUUUUCGCGGCUCCAGCUCCAGCUAACAAAAAUGUAUACCGAAAUGGACUGCACAGAUUCUUUCUUAUCGGAGACAAAUCACGUCGCGUCCAAACCGUAGAUUCGCAUAAUCGUUUGUUCGGAGAUGUCAGUCGCCCGCAGACUCCUGCAAAGAACCACAUGAAGAGCAACAUCCCAAUUGGCAAUGGCACUAAUGGUACCAAUGGUGUCGAUCAUGUCGAUACCAAUGGACAUGCCGCAAAUGGCAAGACAAAUGGAAAUUCAAAUGGUUACAGCAAUGGCAAUGGACAUGUCGAGACAAAUGGAAAAACUUACACUAAUGGUAAUGGAGUCGCUCACACAAACGGACAUUCGGAAACCGGCAUUAGCAAAAUCUUUUUGGGAAGAUUUAGCAAUAAUGACGCAAAGACACCUGACUCGGCCUACGGAACAAAAUCAUCUGGUUCAAAUGCAAAUAUUCACUUUACAUUUAGUCAACAUCAAGAUGAUACAGCUUCCACAACUAAUUCUACUAACACUACGUCGGCAUGUUCGUCGUCCGUGAUGACUGCCUCGUCGCCAAAGUCUCCACGUUACAUUCAACGGAAUCCCGUUACGGGUUCCGGAAUCGAUGGGGAGGCAUUUAAGCCACGCAAGGGUAGUUUUCGAAAAGCUAAUGGUUAUAAUCCAGUUACCGGUGAAGGUUACAUGAAGCCCGCCACAGCUGAAAUCAACACUCAUGUACCAGCUCUCAACAAUGAAUCGUCUCGCGAUCACGUCAUCAACAAAAACCGUAUUCCACCCGGUGGAUUCUCGUCUGGACUUUGGUAAAAAUGCCAAGUCGCAUGCUUAGCGAGCUUAAGGAUCUACAAAAAAAAAUGUUUGAAAUGACAUCCAUUAUAAAAAAAAAUAAUUAUAAUCUAUGUAUUUAUCGGAUUACCUUCAUAACUAACAAACAACACAUGAUAUAAUGUUCUAUAUCGAUUUGAUGUUAAUCCAAUACUUUUUUAAAUUAUUAUUUUAACGGUAACUCUUAGAGUUUCUUUCCAUUCUUUAUACUUUAAAAUCAAAACAGGUUACAAUUUUCCUAAAAAAAACUUUGCCAAUCAAUAUAAAUGGAUAUAAUAAGCAGUUUUUUUUGAAAUUAACAAAUAUCUAUCUAUAAAUUUAACAUAAACUGUCAUAAUAACAAUAUAUUAGAAAUAUAUUGAAGCAAUUAUUAACGAAAACUUUUUUAUUAGACCGCGAGUUCGAUCACAAAAGAAAAAAAAAUCGAUUCUUAUAUUAUUUUAAACUCCAAUUAGAAUAGAAAUGUUAAUGAUAAAUAUUUAGAAUUUAGAACCACAUCAUUUAAUCAUACAUACAGAAACAUGAAAAAAAUAAAAAUGAAAAAUCUUUCAAAAUUUAUUCUAUUUAAUAAAUAAAUAUGUAUUCUUUUAUUAUUUUGUUUGUUUAAUGUAAGUCCUGUUUAUUUCCUGAAAAAUUACAGAGUUCUUGAUUUCGAAUAAAAGUUACAAAAAAAAAAAAA